AUGGAUAAGACGAACUUGCACCGCGACAGCAGCUCCUAUGCGGCCUCCCCAAUGAGCGACAGCAUGCAAGUGACUGGUGUGCCUGACGAGGCCCCGUUGGACUUCUCUGACUUGGCCCCGUUGGACUUCCCUGACUUCUCUGAAAAGGGCAUGUUGGACUUCUUGAAUGGUACAACUUUUGUCCAAUCUCAGCAUCCGGCUCCAGACCAUCCCGUGUGUAACAACAGCAUGCACUCGAGCAACCAACUGCCCGUGGAUUUAGAUCCCUCCAAUCUUGGGGUUGCACCCGCAAGAGACUGUGCCGCAUUCAGCCAGGUUCCCCCAUUCGUCAACCCGCAUCCAACACAGGCGAGCAGCCCUGAUGACAGCCUUGAUAUUAUUGGCGCCCCUAACAUGAGCACGCCGGUAGUACGACCACCAGCUUCUAAUGGGGCUCCGCGACGUCUGGCGUGUAUAUUCUCCAAAUGCAGCCCAGAAGGACAGCCGCCUACGUGCCUUGACAAAGACUUUGAAAACUUUUCACGAGUAAAAGAGCAUGUUCGCAAAAAGCACUGCAACCCAAUCUACUGCCCCCGCUGCUACUUGACGAGAUUCCGCACGCGACGGGAAUUUGAUGCUCAUCUUCGCCAACCCAUCAUCUGCCAUCUCCGGGAAUUCAAGGAGAUGAAUGGUUACAAUCCUGAAAACAAGGAGCAGAACGUCAUCAUUGGGCAGCGGGCCAACCCGGGAAAAUCCGAGGAAGAACGCUGGAUGGAAUUGUUCAAGGCCGUCUUUCCGGGCUACCUGCCUCCAGAUUCCAUUUACGCGGCUUAG